GAGAACCAGCGAGAAGAGAAAAAAAAAAGUAUCUUCCUUUGAGAAGUGCGAAGUCCAUGGCAGUUCUCUGUUGUUGUCCUACCACAAUCAUCGUCUCCGGGAAGCUUUCUUCACGGAUUAAAACCGUAGGUCAAUUACCCAGAAUCAACUCUUUUAAGAAUCAGAAACGAUUGAUUACAGAGAGAAGGAAUUUGAUCGUUAAAUCGAUCAUUGAAGACAGAGAAGCAAUCGAUGUUAAAAAUGACAAUUUCAAGCCAGAGGAAGAACAAACAGAAUAUAAAGUAGAAGAUACAGAUCGGCUGAUGAGUCGAGGAAUCAACGCAGCUAUAGUUCUCGCCGCCGGUACUGUUGCGGUUACUAAGCUUUUAACCAUCGAUCAUGACUAUUGGCAAGGUUGGACUCUGUACGAGAUACUUAGGUAUGCACCUGAACACAAUUGGGUUGCGUAUGAACAAAUUCUCAAAACAAACCCAGUUUUGGCGAAAAUGGCGAUUAGUGGAAUUGUGUAUUCUUUAGGAGAUUGGAUUGCACAAUGUUAUGAAGGAAAACCGCUGUUUGAGUUUGAUCGAGCUCGUGUUCUUAGAUCAGGUCUUGUUGGAUUCACUCUCCAUGGAUCACUCUCUCACUAUUACUACCAAUUCUGUGAGGCUCUCUUUCCUUUUCAAGAAUGGUGGGUAGUCCCUGCAAAAGUCGCCUUUGAUCAAACCGUUUGGUCUGCAAUUUGGAACAGUAUCUACUUUACCGUUUUAGGGCUCUUGCGUUUCCAAUCUCCAGCUGACAUUUUCAGCGAAAUCAAGACAACAUUUUGGCCAAUGCUCACUGCAGGCUGGAAACUCUGGCCAUUGGCUCACUUGGUUACAUACGGUGUAAUUCCUGUAGACCAAAGGCUUCUUUGGGUGGAUUGCAUUGAACUCAUAUGGGUCACUAUCUUGUCGACUUACUCAAAUGAAAAAGCUGAGGCGCAAGCAUCGGGGGAAACAAACUCCAGUUCUCACUCAGGCGAGGUUUGCCAGCUGUUCCUUUUAUCCGAGAAUCUCUCUUAAAAAUUUAGUCUCAAGCGUUUGAAUGCUCGUUUAGAGUGUCCGUCU